AAGAUGGGGCCCAAACCUAGCUUUGAUUUCGGCGCGAGAGGGCACAAGGGGCCCUCUCUCUUCACGCACAGCAACCAGGCGCUCAGUUUCAAGCCAUCGGAUGUAUCGAUACCCCUGAGCGGGCCCGGCUUCCACGUUCCUUCUUCUUCAUUCACCUUCGCCCCCGCAGGCUCUGACGGGAUCCCUAUCAAGUGCCCGUUCGUCAGCCGCCAGUAUCCAAGCGGCGCCAGUAGCAGCGGCUCCUCGGAUUCAGGCAGCCGGUCUCAGUCUAUGGCCGAUCUCUCCAGCGACAUGGCGAAUCUUGAGGUCCGCGGAGGCGAGGUCCAGGAUGAGAGGGACAAAGAGGAAAUGGCAUCGCUCUCCGCUGCCUCUGCGUCGGACCAGCGCAAACUCGAGUCUGAUACUGCAGGAAAUAGCCGUUCGGACGAGACGAGUGUCGAGUCUGAGUCUAGCGGUGUGGAAGACGACGCAGACCUCAGGGUCCAUCUUGGCCUCCUCCAGCGCCGUCCCGAGCUAGACGAACUCAACGAAAUUAAGACGACUCCCAUAUUCACGGAAUCCGUUCGCAGGUAUGCGAAUUCGCUGGCCGGGUUCAGCCAGGAUCGACCUUUCAGUCAGUUCGGCUUGUUGGCUGGCGACCUUACUGGUAUCACUGAUCGCGAGACCGCCGACCCGCGCAUCUUCUGGAACGUCGCUGCGCCUUCUAGCUUUUUCAUCUGUGGCAGUCAGGGAUCUGGCAAGAGCCAUACUCUGUCGUGUCUUCUCGAGAAUGCGCUUGCGCCGUGCGAGGCGAAUGUGCUGCCGCGUCCGCUGACUGGCAUCGUCUUCCAUUACGACACCUUCAUUUCCGAUUCGGGCGGCUCGCCGUGCGAAGCAGCUUGGUUGUCAUCCAACCCAAACAUUAAGGUACGGGUUCUCUGCCCGCCGACCAAUAUCGGUACAAUGCAGCGGAUAUACAAGAGGUUUCCCAACAUCAGGGUUGAAGAGCUGCGCCUCAACGAGUCCGACCUCAACACUAAGCGGAUGCUCGACCUAAUGGCUGUCACCACUGGCGGCAAUCUGCCGCUCUAUCUCCACGUUGUGCAGCGCAUCCUCCGCGAGCUCCGGGUCCUUCAGCAGAAGACCAACAUGGCCUUCAGCUACACGGCCUUCAAGCAAAUGCUGGCUCUGGAGAACCUGACCGAGAUGCAACUAGCUCCGCUCAAACAGCGGCUCGAGACGCUCGAGUCCUUCAUGGUCGAGAGCCAGGCCAAAGCCUACGACAUGUUCAACGCGACUCAGGGUCGCGGACGCAAAGCGAAGUCCGCGGCAGCCAAGAGUCCCGGCACGUCCUGGGCCCCGCGGAACGGCCACCUCACGAUCGUCGACCUCUCGUGCCCGUGCGUCACCCCGGAGAUGGCCUGCUCGCUCUUCAACAUCUGCCUCUCCCUCUUCCUCGAGCAGGACCCGGCCGCCGUGGGGCGUAUCGUCGCGCUCGACGAGGCCCACAAAUACAUGACCGACUCCCAGGAGUGUGCCGCGCUCACCGAGGCCCUGCUGGCCACCAUCCGGCUGCAGCGCCACCUGGGCGCGCGCGUGGUGAUCUCCACGCAGGAGCCCACCAUCAGCCCGAAGCUGCUGGACCUGUGCAGCGUCACGGUCGUGCACCGGUUCACGUCGCCCGACUGGCUGAACGCGCUGCGGAAGCACCUGGCCGGCGUGUCGUCCGGUGCGAGGCUGUUGGAGAAGGCGAGGCGGCUGAAUAUGAGUGGCGAAGCGGAAGACGACGAGGAGGGGGAGGGAGGAGAAGAGGGUGGAGUUGGGGCGCUCAAGAUGGGCGACGCGGAUCCGGCGCUGGAGCUGUUCUCCAGGAUUGUGGAUUUGCGGGUUGGCGAGGCGCUGAUGUUUGCGCCGAGCGCCAUCAUCGGGGUGAAGAAGAAGGAGAGCGGUACGGGAGUUGUGAAACGCCUCGCUCACGGCGUGCUGAAGGUGCGGAUUCGGAACCGUACGACUGCGGAUGGAGGGCGCAGCAUCAUGGCUGCUUAAUUCCGCGUUUUCCCCGUCCUUUGGUGUGUUGGGAUUUGGGGUCUUUGCCGUGCUUUGUGAGGGCUCCGUUGGGGAGAGCAGGCGUUAGGAUUACUCGGGUUUUUGUGUUGUGUUGUUUUGUGUUAUGAUACCAUGGCUUGUUUAGACUCUCCAGGGAGGUAGCCUGUUGGAUUCCCGAAGGGGAGCCCGGAUGAGUGGGUUGGACAUCCCGCUGAUAGAUUACCUGUAGACGAUAGAGUGCGAUGCCGUAAUAAACUCUUAGAUCGCAUGCCGGCCAUCUCAGCGAGACGUAGGCUAGACUAGGAGUCAGCGAUGGCCCAAGG